AUGAUACAAUCAGGCGACGAGGAACAUGUGAGAAAACUGGAAAAUGUCACAUGGAUUUACGGGAGAAUUGUCAUAAAUGGGACCAGUUUGAGCGUCAUUGACUUUUUUGAACAUCUGGAAUAUGUUGCUUAUUUCAAAGACGAUGAGUACAGUAUUUAUAUUAUUAACAACACUGGACUGACGAGUGCAGUUUAUCCAAAUUUGCGGCUUGUCAGAACUACUAAUAAAAACCCAAGAGUGAUUGUUUUCCGAGACAAUAAUGCUCAGUUGUCUUUCGAUCCUGCAGUUUGUUUCAACAUUAGGAACAGACAACAGAGAAAUUGA